AUGUCACUCCGAUCCUCCUCAAGCCGCAUUUUGGCGCGUGCCACGCAGGCUGCCGUCGCCGCUCCUCGCGCGCCCGCCCUCGCCACGGCGCGAUGCAUGAGCUCCACCUCUUCCUCGCCCGCCUGGGCCGCUGUGGCCACCAAGCCCUCCACCCAGCGUCUCGUCUCGGCCGCCCGUACCUUCUCCACCACCUCCUCCGCUUCGUCCGACUUCGAAUCCCCCUUCGGCGUCAACUCGCUCUCCAAGUACACCGAGGAGGAGGAGAUGCUGCGCGAAGCCGUCCAGCGUUUCGCCCAGGACGUCGUCGCCCCCCGCGUCGAGGCCAUGGACGAAGCCGAAAAGAUGGAUCCCGAAAUCAUCAAGGGCUUGUUCGAGCAGGGCCUCAUGGGUGUCGAGACUUCGGCUGACCACGGUGGUGCCGGUUGCUCGUUCACCGCAGCCAUCAUUGUCAUCGAGGAACUGGCCAAGGUGGAUCCUUCGGUCUCGGUGUUGUGCGAUGUGCACAAUACGUUGGUCAACACGGUCAUCCGCAAGUACGCUAGCAAGACGAUUCAGGACAAGUACCUGCCUCAGCUGUCGGAGAAGACACUUGGGUCCUUCUGUCUCUCCGAGCCGGCCAGUGGUUCCGACGCAUUCGCCAUGAAGACCUCGUGCAAGAAGUCCGCCGAUGGCAAGAGCUGGACGUUGAACGGAAGCAAGAUGUGGAUCACCAACUCGAACGAGGCCGAGUUCUUCAUCGUUUUCGCCCAAUCCGAUCCCAGCAAGGGUUACAAGGGCAUCAACGCCUUUGCGGUCGAAAAGGCGAUGGGUGUCGAAAUCGCUAAGAAGGAGAAGAAGCUCGGUAUCCGCGCCUCGUCGACGUGCACGGUCAACUUUGACGACGUCGUUGUCCCCGCUGAGAACCUCGUCGGUGAGGAGGGUAAGGGGUACAAGAUCGCCAUUGAGAUCCUUAACGAGGGUCGCGUGGGCAUUGCUGCUCAGAUGAUCGGUCUUGCCCAGGGUGCCGUUGAUAAGGCCAUCCGAUAUGCUGCCGACCGCAAGCAGUUUGGGAAAAAGAUCACCUCGUUCCAGGGCAUGCAAUUCCAGAUCUCGCAGAUCAUGAUGGAGAUCGAAGCCGCUCGCACCCUCACCUACAACGCGGCGAGGCUGAAGGAGGAAGGUCGCCCUUUCACCAAGGAAGCCGCUAUGGCGAAACUCUUUGCUAGUCAGGUCGCCCAGCGGGCCAGCGGUAGCGCCAUCGAAUGGUGCGGCGGUGUUGGAUUCACCAGGGAGACCGGCAUCGAGAAGUACUGGAGAGACUCCAAGAUCGGCGCCAUCUACGAGGGGACUAGCAACAUCAUGCUCGAGACCAUCUUCAAGCUGGUCGAGAGGGAGAUGGAUCUCAAGUGA